AUGGAAGAAAAGUUACAGAGCAAUUCAACCAUUAAUGGUACAACUGCUAACCAUAAACCUUUAGAAGUCCAUAACCUUUGGGAAGUAAUUACUAUUGCUACUGUAACAGCCAUUUUAAGCCUAAUAACCAUAGUGGGGAACGUUCUUGUAAUGAUAUCCUUCAAAGUCAACAGCCAGCUAAAAACAGUGAACAAUUACUAUUUACUCAGUCUUGCGUGUGCAGACCUAAUCAUUGGAAUAUUUUCUAUGAAUCUUUAUACAUAUUACAUACUAAUAGGACACUGGUCUCUUGGAAGUCUGGCAUGUGACUUGUGGCUAGCCCUGGACUAUGUAGCUAGCAAUGCCUCAGUAAUGAAUUUGCUAGUUAUCAGCUUUGACCGAUAUUUUUCUAUUACUCGGCCAUUAACCUACAGGGCUAAACGCACACCCAAAAGGGCUGGCAUUAUGAUUGGUCUAGCUUGGCUGAUUUCUUUUAUUCUGUGGGCACCUGUAAUCUUAUGCUGGCAGUACUUUGUAGGGGAACGAACUGUCCCACCUGGAGAAUGCCAGAUACAAUUUUUGUACCAACCCAUUAUCACCUUUGGUACCGCAAUUGCUGCUUUCUAUAUCCCAGUUUCGGUGAUGACUAUUUUGUAUUGCCGUAUUUAUAAAGAGACUGAAAAACGCACCAAGGACCUGGCUGAACUUCAAGGCUCCAGUUCUGUGGCUGAGUUUGAAAUGAUAAAGCCUCAGAAAGCUCUGCUGAAGUCCUGCUUUAGUUGCAAGCAACAAAAUUUAGCCAAACGGGAGAGAUGUCAGGCUUCGUGGUCUUCAUCUAGCCGAAGUACUUCUGCUACAGCAAAAGCAUCCCAGAUCCAAAAUACUUGUCAAGACUGGUCUAAGGCAGACCAGUUAACCACCUGCAGCAGCUAUGCAUCAUCAGAAGAGGAGGAUAAACGUGCCUCUGACCCUGUCUUUCAAGUAGCUUAUGAGACUCCAGUAAAGGGGAAGGAUGAUGAGCAUAAAGAGGAGAAAAAGGAAGCCUUUAUCAAAGACCAUCCUAGAGAAAACGACUAUGAGACCCAGAAAUACUUUCUAACGCCAAACAAAGGCCAUGUUCAAAAAAGUAAUAAAUGUGUGGCAUAUAAGUUCCGCUUGGUCGUUAAAGCUGAUGGUGCUCCAGAAACCAACAACGGCUGCCGAAAAGUAAAGAUAACUCCUUGCUCAGCCACUUUAUCCAAGGACACUUCUAUCAAAAACAUGGAUCCAAAUAUAAAUAAUCAAAUUACUAAAAGGAAAAGGAUGGUUCUUAUAAAGGAGCGUAAAGCAGCCCAGACUUUAAGUGCCAUUCUUCUAGCUUUCAUCAUCACUUGGACCCCCUACAAUAUAAUGGUUUUGGUCUCCACGUUCUGCUCAGAUUGCAUCCCUCCAAAAUUGUGGCACCUUGGCUAUUGGUUGUGCUAUGUGAAUAGUACUGUUAACCCCAUCUGUUAUGCUCUCUGUAACAAAACCUUCAGAAAAACCUUUAGGUUGUUGCUCUUUUGUCAGUGGAAGAAGAAAAAGAUGGAAGAAAAAUUAUACUGGCAGGGUAAUACAAAGCUGCCUUAA